AGUGUAUGUACCUACCUAUAUAGACAUAGCUACUUGUACAUAACUAGCGUAAGCGCGUUGCAUCGCGCCCUCUGAUGGCCAACCAGUAAUAAAGCACCUGUGGUACUAUACGGUCGUUUUCAUUGCUAUCAAAUAUCCAUCACUGUCGAACGAGGAUCAUCUACCCGCGCGUCGCAAUAUCGGUUUCACAAUGGCUUUUUUGGGAAAUUUAGCGAUUUUCGACCACAAAACUUGCGAAUGGGACAUUUUUAAAGGACGUUUGUUGCAGUUUGUGAAAGUCAACAAAGUGGAGGAGGAUUUCAAAAGUGCUAUCCUCAUAACACACCUUUCCGACGAAUCUUACCGUUUAGUGCGUAACCUUGCUUAUCCAUCCGACGUGGAUACGAAAACUUUUAAGGAGUUGGUGUUAUUACUCGAUACGCAUUUCAAGCCUAGACAGUGUUCCUUCGCGGACAUGGCGAAAUUCCAUGGGGCAACUCGGAGUGCAGGCGAAAGCUUAGGGGAUUGGGCGGCGCGACUCAGAGGUCUAGCAAGUUAUUGCGACUUCGGCACAGCCCUGGAGACGAACCUCAGGGACCGUUUCGUCCUCGGCCUGGGCUCAGGUCCCGAACGCGAUAAGUUGUUUGAGCAAAAUCCAGCAGGAUUAACCUUUGCUCGGGCUUUGGAGCUGGCGCAGCAAGCGGAAUGUACAAGGGAGGCGAAACAAUUGGACAAAUUGGUUAUCAAAGAUGAACCAAUUUAUCGGGCGUCGUUCGAGGGUAGAUCUCAGCGCGAUGGCAGCACGCGGCGCGGUAACUACGGCGGCGGAGGCUCGAGCAACUCGGGCCGCGCUGGCGCAGGAAGCAGCGGCGAUCCCCGCGCUAGCGGCGGCCCGGGUUCAGACACCCGCUGUGCAGUGUGCGGUAUGAAAAAUCAUACAGAAGAAAAGUGCCGUUUUAAAAGUUAUCGGUGUCAAAAGUGUCGUGUUAAAGGCCAUUUAAAGAAAGUGUGUGACAAAAGUAAAUACUCAAGGAUCAAUAAUAUUGAUGAUGACGAGCUUAAUUCAGGCUGUGAGGAAUGUCAGAACUUUAAUAUAAGGUUUCAAAAUUAGUGCGGAGGAGUGAAGUGUAUGUACCUACCUAUAUAGACAUAGCUACUUGUACAUAACUAGCGUAAGCGCGUUGCAUCGCGCCCUCUGAUGGCCAACCAGUAAUAAAGCACCUGUGGUACUAUACGGUCGUUUUCAUUGCUAU